AUGUCGCUCAUCAGCUCAGAAGUCUUAUCAGUUAUCAGUCUCUGCGCCAGGGCAUCCACCCCAGGUGGAUUCCAGAAGAAUGAGGAGGUUCUUAGCUCCCCAGCAUCAACUGUCACUCUUAGCCAUCAUGAGUCUCAACUGUUUACCCAGCUACACAUGGUCAAGAUGGAGAAAAUGUUUGAGGAUGAUGUUGACUCGACUGGAGCCCUGGACAUGAAGACUUUCAUUAAGGCCAUAAAGAAGAUUCUGAGCAAUGCGUCAGAUGAGAUGCUAGAGGCGCUGUUUUUGAAGGUGGACACAGACUGUAAUGGCUCCGUUACCUGGCAGGAGUACGUGGAUUACGUGAUGCGGGAGUUACAGAGAAGGGAGAGGAUGAGAACAAGCCAGUACCGCCUGCACUUCCACCUUCCCAUGAGGAUCAUUCCCCUGAACCAUGGAUGCGAGAUUGUGAAGGUGCAGUUCUUAACUCAGCAGUUCAAGAAGAUGGGGCACCUUCUGACUGUCACCAAGGACGGGAUCUUGCAGAUCUGGUCUGAAUCCUUCUCGCUGCUUAACUCCUUUAGGCUUAACCAGAUCCAUCAGCCCUAUAACCAGCAGAUGUGGGUCACUGAUAUGGUGUGUCUCCAUAACAUGAACCUGAUUGCGAUUGCAUCAACUGACCAGAAAAUAGAGUUCUUUGAUAUUACCAACCAUAAUUGUGCCCGGGCCUUCACCUUCAUUGAUCUGGACAGCUGUGUCCUGACCAUGGACUAUUGGUCGGACUAUCACAGAGGUGUAUUCUGCUACGGGGACACCAAAGGCAAUGUCAUUGUCUUCACCUCUGACAAUGUGACCCACGGGCUGUUCAACCCUCGAAUCCUUCCCAGGACCUCCAAAUGGGAUCACUGGACCAAAGUUUCUACACGGAAGCUUCUAAAUGAAAAGUCUCCUUUGUACAGGAGUUAUUGGCUGAAGGCUCUCCAUCCCAACUGGUGCCAACAGGUCAAGUUCAUUCCUCAGCUGAACACAGUGGCCUCCUGUUCGGCCAUUGAGAAGUCCUCUCUGGUGCUAAUAGCAUUGCCAUCUAAAGCCCCAGAGAGCCCCAAGUUUUCAGUGCUGAACUUAAGAAAAGGGAUUCUUUGCUUCGAUUACUGCCCAGACAAGAACUUAGUGGUGACCGGUGGCUAUGACCCCCUCAUCCGCCUGUGGAACCCCUUCUUAUCAAAAAAGCCUGUGUGGAUGAUGAAGGGGCAUCAGACUUCCGUGACGCACAUCCUCGUGAACAGCAAGAACAACAGCAUCCUCCUCAGCAUCUCCAAGGACAAGAAUAUUCGCGUGUGGGACAUGCAGGACUACAUAUGCCUCCAGUCCUUUUCCAGGAAGCUUUUUGCCCUGGGAAACUGCCCCAUCACCAGUGUCUACUUCCACAAGAAUGAAGACAGUCUCAUCUGUAGCACCUUUUCAAUUGGGAUCCUAAAAGGGUACUUGGAGACCGAGGGGCCUGGGAAACCAAAGGAGAGGACCACAACUUACAGCACACCCCUGUGUGCUGUUCUCUACAGCAAGAUUUUUAAGCAGGUGGUAAGCGGCUGCCUGAGCAGCUUGGUGAGUGUGUGGGAGAUCAAGACAGGCAAGAGGAUGAUGGAGUUCUCUGUGACUGGCGACCAGCAAGUGGAGCUGACCACCAUGUGCCUGGAUGAAUCCGAGCGGUGCCUGCUCACGGGUUUGCGCGACGGCACCAUAAAGAUGUGGAACUACACUGUGGGUGAAUGCUUGCUGACCUUCCCCAACCCGGACCAGCUGGAGAUUAGCGGGAUUGUCCAUAUGAACAAAGUGUUCUACGUGACUGGAUGGAGUAAGAGAAUCACCUGUUUCAUGCUCCAUAAGACCAAGCCAGUCCUCCUGUGCUACCAAUGGCAGAGCUUCCACAAGGAAGAUGUUCUGAGCAUGGCCAAGUACCAAAACCAGUUCCUUGGGACCUCUUCCUACAAUGGAGAUAUUCUCUUCUGGAACAUCAACCUGUUCAAGCCUAUCCUCAAUUUCAAUGCUUCUAAGAGCCCCUGGCCUUUGCUGCCCAAGAAGAUCCAAGAAGCGGACAACUCCCUGGCUGAGAACCUCCAGUCCAGCAAGCUUUGUGUGGAACAUAAGGAGUGGGCGUACAAACCAUCAACGCAGCCCCUGGGCCCUAGAGCCAGGGCUGUAGCCAAUGCCAACCUGCAACGGAACCUGAUGUCAGCUCCCCCAGUGAUGAAGCGCCCCAGAGACAAGGAGCCAAAAAAGCCCAUGCCCCCGCAGAAACAUGUCAGUUCACAAAGCCCCAAGCUGUUAAGAAUGCCCCAUGGCAAACAGUCCAUCAUCAGAGACGCUCAAAGGAAGAGAGGGGAAUUCCAGAAGAAGAUACUACUGCAAUCCAACACAUCAGUGGAGAAGAUAAUCUUCCUGCAGACCAGGCCUCGCCUGCCACACAUAGCCGCCCUGCUGAGCAGCUGCAUCGAUGGCUACAUCUAUGCCUGGUCCAUCCACGGGAGCGGAGGCCUGUUGGGGAAGUUCCCUGUGGACUUCAAAAACCAGGGGGAUGUGGGUGUGGGUGCCAUGGCCACGGACGAGAAAGACUUGAUCCUUGUCACAGGAGAUUGUCAAGGGCACAUCAAGAUUUGGGACAUCGAGGAUUAUUGCAUGUUCACCGACAAGACACCACUUCAACCCAGAGGGACAAACAAGUUCCAGUUCUUAAUUCCUGAGCAGGUCCAGAUCAACCUGCCACACUACAUCCCCUUGAAGGAGAAGGAGGUCGUGGCUGGCCAGACCAUUUCCCUGGUUCCCCCCAAGCUUCUGAAUGCCUGGAAGGGCCAUUUGGAUAGUGUGGCAGACAUCCUGUAUGUGGAUAGCUUCCAGCUGAUUAUCAGUGCUGGCCACGACUGUGACGUCAAGGCUUGGAAACUCUCCGGUGACACCAUUGGGACAUUUGGCGUGAGUGUUUGGAAAAGGUUGCAGGAUAUUCAGAUGGUUGGUGAUCUUGCACUGAGAAAAAGCUCAGAGGAGGAGGCUGACUCUAUAGAUGCUGCCCAGAAGGCCUUCCGUCCAGAGCUGCAGGAGGAGCGGGCUCUUGCCGAGGCCCUGGUGUACCAGCGGCGGGAGCAGGUGGCACUCAUGGCUCUCCUGAAUGGGAAGGCAGACGCAGAGGCUGAGGCUUGGGGUAAGCUGCAGAGGAUAACCCAGACGUCCCCAUGGGCUGGAGAGCACUACUCAGAAGACGUUGAGCACAGCUGGCUCGAGUGGGAGUCCAAGGGCAAGCAGGUGAGCAAAAUCGUGGGAGGAGCAUACAAGCCCAAGGACCGGUCUCGGAGUCCCGGAGUCCUGUCCACCAAUGUGCAGUAUGGCUGGAUGAAGCACCAGAUUUCACCUCAGAUCUACCAAAGCCUACACUUCAACCAGCUGUCACCCACCCACACACCUGACUUCCUGGUGCACAAUAUCCUAGGGCAUCACGGCCAGCACAUCUACCUGGUGACCCACAAUAGCCAAAAGGACCUGGAUCCUGAAGAGACCAACUCGUCUACUGCCUCUGUCUCCCCCAGCGACACCCUCACCCCGAAAGCCUCAGGCUCCGGGUUCCUGGAGUCCGCCUUGCCCACCUCCCCGUACCUCCAGCCUCCUGGUAUGUCCCAGCCAUCCAGGUAUGUCACGCAGAGGUCGGCGUCCCCCAUGCCUGUUGCCUCAUCUAUCAAACUGCUCUCAAGACCUCUGAAGGCCGCCCUUUCAUCCUCCAUGAAGAAGAGCCACCGCGUCAGGUUCUGA